AUGAUCUGCGUCUUUGACAAUCAUGAUGGCCGCUUCACACUGGAAGAGCUGCUGAGCUUCGUGGACCUUGCGCGACAGCGCUCGCGAUGCUACCAGCCCUAUGAGUUCCAGGCGCAGAUGCAGGGCUACUGCACACUCCAGCUCUGGAAGGCCACCUCCCUCGCAGGGGGCCCUGCAGAGGUGAGCCGGCUUCUCAUGGAGAACAUGCCGACCAGGCGUUUUGUGCAGUGUCCUGGGCAGGUCUACCUCAAUCGUGACACCAUCGAGACUCUCUACCACCUGCUCAGCGUCCAGGAGACGCAGGGCAUGGAUUUCCAGAGCUUUUUGGACCUGCUGCAGAGAGUGGGCGAGGAGCACGGCAGCAUGGAGUUGGGCAGUGAGGAGCUGGAUGACUGGCUGCCUCUGGCUGUCGUGCGCGACUUCAUUGCAAGCCUCAACGCCGGCAUGCUCAAAGUCAUGGCAGACAUCUACCCAGCCCACGAGCUGGCGGAGGUCCAGCUCUGA